AUGCCUCCCCCACCUCCCGGCUUGGGACCGCAGCAUCACAGGCCUUCUCCUCCACCUGCAUUCCUGACUGGGCCGAUGAAGGCUUCCCCUCAUCGAUCCGUCCCUUCUUUCACUUCCGAGGGCCCCACCUGGAAGCAAGUUCUCAUGUCGUUUGGGGGUACCCCUCCCAACCUCACAAAGUUUUUCACCGAGUCAGCUGUAUGUGCAGCCAACGGGUACCUUAGGGAUGGUCGAUCUAUGUUGAAGGUCACCUCCAUUGUCCACACCUACAACAGCUUGUCAUUGGUCACCCCUGCUGUUGCCAGCCUGUCUGACCUGGACAUUCUGCGCAACUUCAUCCACGAGAGCCUCCCAACGGGUACUCCGUUCGAGGUUGCGCUCCCAUCGUCGACGUCCUUUAUAAAGAUACUUGAUGUUCCCUACUUUGACCCCAAAGGGCUGAAGAUCACCCAGGAGGCGCUUGAAAAGGCCCUCCAUACCUCAGUUCAUGCUGAGGUCUUCAUGUAUCUGAGCACCAAGCCUCAGAUCGAUCGCAAUUCGGCACACUCGACAUCGUGCACCGUCUAUUGCAAUGUCUGGGACUCCCAGCAGGGAACCCAUGCCAAGAUGGCCCUUGGCCAACCGAUCUUCCUCGCUGGGCAGUCCUGUGCAAUCAGGCCCGCUGCGCAACAUACUGGAGUCCUGCUCUGCCAGCGCUGCUGGAAGUGGGGCCACCCUACCGUUGCCUGCAAGGUGAAGCAGCUUAGCUGCCCUAUCUGCUCGGGUCCACACAAGCAGAAGGAACAUCGCCAACAUGCAGGAUGUUGCAAGGGGAACACGAAAGUGAAGCCCCCUGUGCUGCCCACCCCUCACGACCAGCCCUGCCCCCACAAGGGCCACUGUGUCAACUGCCACAAGGACCAUGCUGCCAACUCAGCUUUGUGCAAGUUCUGGGCCCAUUGCUAUGACCGUGAGUGGAUCAUGGCCGAGUAUCAUCAGGUACAUGAGCACGCUGCUCACUGCCAACUUACUAACCCCCAAACCUAG